UCCGGCGGAAGUAAACAACAAGGCGCUAGCAUCGUUAGCUUCCAGGUUUUUCUUCUGUUUAUCGUCGGUUUUUGCUGUGUGAGCUGAAUAUUUCAGAGUCUGCAGUAACAACAUCUUCGGUUCAUCAUCUGAGAGAAUUGAUCAGAGAGCGACUAACUGCUGCUGCUGGAGAAAUAUUCAGAAACAUCGUUCAUUAGGAGGAAGAGAUCGAUCAUCAGCUCAGACUGCUGGAUAUCAGCUGGAAAACCCAGAUCAGACUUGAUUGCGCACUCGCUUGGGCUUUUUGAAGAAACUUCGGACACUCAGCUACUGUGACAUUUUUCCGAGUGAUCAGUGGUCAUGCGUCAGGUCUUCUACAGCAUCAUGUCUGUUACUACGUGGGAGGUUGCUGCUGGUCACUUUCUCAUAACCAAAGAGAGGAACUCUGUUCUUGAUGAAAAUAUAUCAGACACUGUAGAAAUAAAAAAGGAAUGGGAGGACCGACAACCGCAAUCAAUCGACGAAAAACAGGUUGAACUGUGCAUCUUUCAGAAUGAAGAGCAACUUUUAGUGAAGGAGGAGACCAACACCUCACUUGUGACUCCUGCUUAUAAGGAAAUAUUUCACAAUGGACCAGAGCUGCAGCAGAUGAUGGAGACAAAGGAGGAACUAGAACUGGAAAUUGUUCAGAUUAAGGAGGAACAGGAGGACUUCUGCUGUAAUCUGGAAGGACAGAUUUUAGUGAAGCAAGAGUACAACACCUUAAAGGUGACUGCUGCACAUGAGGAAACAUUCCACAGAGAACCAGAACUUGUAAAGAUUGAACAGGAGGAACCAGAACCAAAGCAGAUGAUUGAGACAAAAGAUGGAUCAGAACCAUGGCCCGUUAAAGAAGAACAAGUUCAACUCUGCAUCUUUCAGGAUGAAGAGCAACUUUUAGUGAAGCAGGAGACUGAUUCCUUUAUUCUGACUCCUACUGAUCAAAACGACUCCAGUGAACCAGAAACUAUCAAGAAUCAUCUGCUUUGUUCAACCUGCCCUGAAGAUAAAAACCAACAUCAACAAGGAAACACUCAGCAAGACUCUGGAUCAAAUAAUGACAAAGAGCUGAGGCCAAAGAAAAGAUGCAAAAAACCCAGAAAACAAGGUGACAAUUUAGACAUCUCAAAGCUAAUUGAGCAUAAAAAGAAAUUACCCUUAUGUGAAGUAUGUGGCAAAUGUUUCACUACUCGACAAAUCUUAAUCGUACAUAUGAGAACUCAUACAGGUGAGAAGCCCUUUGCUUGCAAACUAUGUGAUAAAUCUUUCAUUAACAGUAGUAAUUUGAUUUGUCACAUGAGAACUCACACAGGUGAGAAGCCUUUCUCAUGCCUUACCUGUGGAAAAGGUUUCCCUAGGCAGCCUGCCUUGACGGCACACAUGAGAACUCAUACAGGUGAGAAGCCGUAUCCUUGUGAGUUAUGUGAAAAAUCGUACCGAGAUCGUAGUAAUUUGGUGCGACACAUGAGAACUCACACGGGUGAGAAGCCUUAUUCUUGUAAAGUAUGUGGUAAAUCUUACAGUGGCAGCAGUCAGUUGACCUAUCACAUAACAACUCACACAGGUGAGAAGCCUUUCUCAUGUCUGACUUGUGGAAAAGCUUUCAACAAGCAAAGUACCUUGACUGUACACAUCAGAACUCACACAGGCGAGAAACCAUACUCCUGUGACCUUUGUGAGAAAUCUUUUCGAGAAAGUAAUGAUUUGACUUGUCACAUGAGAACUCACACUGGUGAGAAGCCAUUUUUCUGUGAAUUGUGUAAGAAAUCUUUCAGGUGGAGAAAUGUUCUCAAUCGACACAUGAGAACUCACAGAUAAGACGCACUGUCAGAUGCAAAUUGACUCAACACAGAGUUAAUCAUGGUAUGUUCUACAAACUUGAACAAAAACACAGUUCUGUGUUUUAGAAGGAGAAAUCAUUAUUUCAUUGCUAAAGCAAACAUUUUAACCUCUGUAAUUGGAAUCACAGAACCAUCUACUGGACAAGAAAAGGACAGUAUGGAUAAAUACUGCAGUCAAUAGGGGCCUCGUGUAUAAAGACUUGUGUGGAUUUCCAAAUAAAACAUGGCCUACAUUUAAAUCCAGAAAACAGUUUAAGCACAGAGAAAAAUCCAGCUCUACGAAGCUGAACGAUUCCAAGCAUGUUUCUGUUGUACAUCCCAACCAACUGGGAAUUAAGCACAUAUGUGGGAAUAGCAGACUCCUCCUUAUGGCACGCUGCCAUUUCCAAAUGCAGCUAAAUGUAAAUUUGACCGGCUCUAAUAUCUGUUGCCUGUGCACUCAAAAAUCCCGUCCUCAGAACAGGAAGAGGAGGAACUUAAAAACACAGUCAGCAACUGUUAUAUAUUAAUAUAUUUAAAAUGAGACAUCUGUUACUGUUGUACACUAUUUACAUGGGUCAUGCACACUGUUACUGUAAACUAAAACGUGUCCCUAAGAAGUGUGUUCAUUCACAUACCUACUGGUUUAACCAGCAAAAACAGGAAGCUACUCAGUUUAACCAGACGGACAUCCUUCCCACAAUAUUGGUUAAAAGCAUUUGCAACUUGUAGGCUGGUUGACUAAAAUGGAUUCCUGGUUACAAAAGCGUGUCUGUCGUCUGUCAUCAAUAUGUGUACUUUUGAGGGUCUAAUUAUUUGUAUUGCUAAUGAUAAUAAUGCCAUUGUUGUUAAAGGUACUUGCACCAUUUUGCACAAUCUUUUAUAGCCAGUCACAACAUUUUAUACAUGACCUGGAGACAUGGAGAAGGCUGUCCACGCUUUCAUCAGUUCUACAAUCGACUGCUGCAAUGCUCGACAACGAUGUCCCCCAGUUGUCCUUCUCUCACCUCCAACUUGUUCAGAGCACAGCAGCUCGCCUUUUAACUAACACCCCCAGGCGGAAACGCCGCCCUCUUCUUCACCGCUGCUGACCUCGGUCUUUUAAAUCAAAACUCAAAACCUUUUAUUCAGUUAGGCUUCAAUACUUAAUAUGGCGGCACUUUAUUUAGUUUUUAUUUAUCUCAUCUUUUUGAACUGUCAUUGUGACGUGCUUUAGUUUCCUUAUUUGGGUUGGAAAAGGCUAUAUAAAUAAAGUGAUUGAUUUGGCUGAA